ACAAGCUGCACACAGUUAACAAGCAAAUUAAUUUAAACUCAACCUCCAAGAUGUGGUCCAUUUUAUACGUAGUGUCAUCAGUUUUAGCUAUGUCUUCUAGUCUAGACUCUUCAGAUUUAUGUCCAGAAGACGUAGAACCAUGCACAUGCGAGGGUUUCCUUACUUUUAUGUACCUGAGUUGUUCGAAAUUCGACAAUAUGAGCCAAGUGCAAAGAGUUUUAAGGACUUUCCCUUCGCCUAUUGCACAUUUAACCAUAACGCACGACUCGAUCGGAUUAACGAGUGAUGCUUUUCAAGAUGUUUGCAUCCGUAGACUCGUCUUACAACUUAAACAAUUGAGUGAAAUACCCGAUCCUUUGUUCCUGAAUCAAGCAAAUUGUCUGUAUUUUUUAUCAAUUACAGAAGGAAGCUUACAAGAAAUACCUAUCAACUCAUUGCUACCUUUGCACGAACUUGCAACCUUAAGCAUCUCUAACAACCGCAUCUCGGAGGUGAAAGAAUCAUUACGGCAGUUAAAUCUCAUCACUCUAGUUUUAAAUAAUAACAGCUUAAGUCGUAUCGAUUCUAGAGCCUUUCCUCUCAAUUUAAAAUCUUUGAGCUUAAGCGAUAAUCAUAUUGAGAAUCUCAACGGAUCCUUGAUUCAUCUAACUCAAUUGGAAUGGUUAAUAUUAUCCAACAACAAUAUUAAAAGCCUAAAUGACGAGUUAGCCAACUUCAAUAGCUUGAAUAUGUUGCUACUUGGAAGGAAUAAGCUUGAAAAUUUAGAUAAUUCACUACACAACUUGUCAAAAUUGGAAAUUUUGGACUUAUCCGAAAAUCGCAUAACUACUUUGAAUCAUAAUUUUAUAGGAUUAGAUAGCUUAUUCAAGCUUAAUCUUUCUCGCAACUUAUUAACUCAAAUAAACGAAGAUGAAUUUGAGCCAUUGAUCGACUUGAAGAUCUUGGAUUUAUCCAGAAACCAAUUCAAUACUUUAGGAAAUUCUUUGAGGCUGUUGAAGAAAUUAAGGAUUCUCAAUCUAAAUGGAAAUAACUUGGUCAAAAUGGAUGCCAGUUUCGAUUGCCUCAACGUAUUAAAAGUUCUGAAUCUUUCCCAUAAUAUAAUACAGAACUUGGACUUUUUGAAUCCUAAUCGGACAGAUCAUCAUCAUCAUCCCGAAUGCCAAUUUAGAAAUCAAAAUAGUCUGAAGAUAAUGGAUAUAUCAGAAAAUCCUUUAGAAUGUACGCCUAGUGUAGAACCCAUUGUGUUAAGAUUAAAAUUGAAAAAUGCGAUCAUCGAAGGAAAUCCUUGUCAUUGAUUUCUUCCUUGUCGUUUCUGAUAAUUUCCUCAGGGAAUUUCAGGGCAUUAUUUAUGAUUUUGUGAUAUUUACAUGAGAAAACUUUGCAUACGAUACAUAAGAACUUUAUUGAGUUGUAUACUUCUUUCUGUGCCAAGUUUUAGUUGUCCUUGUACAGUACAUGUAUUAUUGAUUUUCUAACGGAGUUUAUAUUUACAUAUAGUCUACUUUUUUUAAUUUUAUUUUAAUGAU